GAUAUCUGCUGGCGCAUAAAUAUUUUAGUGGCGCGUUUCUAACAAUGAAAAAUUAUUAAUAAAACAUAGGUAUCUUUAUUGUUUGAUUUACGCUUUGUCAUUUCGUGGCCGAACAUGGAAACGUCGACACACCCGACUAGAAAAUUUGCGUCAAUUUGGGUGGAAAAAAUGAAAUUGAAACGACGGAUCGCACCGCAUGAGGAAUCACAGAAUUUACCAUUUGUUAAAAUCUUGACCUCAUUUUUGAAGCUGUUUCUUUCUGUGAGUACAAUUCACGGAUUUGUUCAUGUUACAGCGGAAAAACGACAUCCUUCAGAAGCGAUAAUAUGGCUUGCGCUGAUCGGUACCGGAGUCUUCGGCGCAAGCAUUCUCAGUAGCGCGACAUGGAAAAGAUACCAAGAGAACCCCACCGUCAUAUCCAUGGAGAGGGAUCGUUUCACAUGGAACACCUCAUUUCCUGCGGCGACAAUUUGUCCUACAUCAAAAGUUCACGAAGAUCUAUUAAAAGGUGUAUUACAGAAUAUCAACGUGAAAAAUAAAACCGCAUUGGAAGCGUUUCUGCGUACACUCGCCGAAGCCAACUACAAAAACUUUGAUAAAGUUUUGCCCUACUACGAAUUGCCAAGUGAGCAGUUCAUGAAGAUUCUGCUUCAAUUACAGUACGAAUUUAAGCCGUUGGUAUCGAAUUCUGGCUUGCAAAGUAACAAGUACUAUUUGGAAAAAACCAUAACGGAAAUGGGAAUUUGCUACAGUUACAACUCGAACCUUGCCAUCUACAACUCGCCAAGCUAUAGAGAAAAAAAGUUAUGGACAGUCUACACAGAAACACGUACACUUUUUGUUCAUCCUUUAGAUGGAGAGAUCUUCGCGAACGUCGUAAAUAUGUCAACGGGAUUUCACAUUUAUUUACACGGCCCCUAUGAAGUUGUGGACAUCGCGAGCAAAAGUCUGUAUUCCCCGGACGGAUUCUUCUUGCAGCUGUAUUUGUCAGCUUUAACCAUAUUUACGAGUCAGGGCGCGAGGGAGCUGGCAAUUAACCAAAGAAAGUGCCAGUUCUACCACGAGAGCAAUCUCCGUCACUCCCCCGUCUAUUCCUACCUUCUCUGCAGAAUGGAAUGCCGUAUCACUCUGUCCAAACGUUUGUGCGGAUGCAUACCGCACUUCUACAGGAAUUUGGGUUUGAGCAUCGAUAGGUAUACUCGUUACGUCACUCUCAUAAUUUUUGUUGUAGCCGACGAUCGCGUCUGCAAUGCGAGCGGUUUGCACUGCUUGUCGAAAUAUUCGGGUUCGUUCCUCUCACUUCGGAAGGUGUUACGAAUUUGUGUUCCAGAUCGGCUAAUUACUCUAAAAAGGGACUGCUCUUGCUAUUCCAAUUGUGACGAAGUGAAUUACGUGAUAGAGGAUAAAGAUACGCGAGAAUGGUUUUUGGGAUCCAAUUUGCAGUGGGGAUUGAAAGAAUAUCCAAGGAUGCGACUUAGGAGAGACGUCAUUUUUAGAUUCACGGAUGUGCUAGUUUACAUUGGUGGAAUGGCUGGAUUGUUUUUGGGAUGUAGCGUGCUAAGCUUUUUGGAAAUUGUGUACUUUUUCACACUUCGUUUGUUUUGGUUUGUUACAAAAUAUGAAACUGGAAAUGCUGUUAAAUGAAGAUGAACGCUGGUACACUAUAUGCACAAUGUUUAAUAAACUUUGGCACUUCUGGCAUACUUAUACUAGAUAAUGAAUGCGUAACAUACACCGAAGCCACUAAGUUGUGAUCUUUCUGACUGUAGCACGUCAUUGUAUAUCCACAGGUGUUUAAAAAAUAACCAUUUCUUUAGUCAAGUUAAAGUCUUUUUUAUCCUAUACAAGGAGAAACUUACAUUUUCUCGCCUGUGUGAGGACGCGAAAGAAGACAAUUGCACGCAU